GAAUAAUCAUUAAAUACUAUUUGAGUUUUGUAUAUUUUUAGAAUAAAUUCCAUAGUCGCCACCCGUAUCUGAGGGGUGAAAACUUAGGAACGUAAAAAACUACGUUUUUGAUAGUACGUGAAGGCAACAUAGAUCCGCCUUUUUGUUUAAAGCCACCGGAUAUGCGUAAUUUGCACGUGCGCAGUUAAGAUGCCCAUUGCAUGGCUGUAAAUGUAGUUAAACCUUUUCAAAACACAGCGUUACGAAACCCAUGUUUUUAGAUGACGCUUUACUCGUGCCAACGCAGGUGUGUUUGGUCGUUGCAGCCUUUAAUUCCGGUCAGUUUGAAUUUAACUCUCAAGUCUUCAGGUCACUUACCAGUGCAACUUUUAAUGCUAGUGCAUUAACCGCUGUAUGACCGUCAUUUCAAGGAGCUUAUCUCCUACUCCAGCAAAAUCAAGCUUAAAGCUCCUUGCCUGUACCAGUUCUAGCCUGAGCAAAGUUCUCUCUCUGCUGGUCGAGAAGUUCACCUGUAAAGCGGCCAUGUUGAGCACAAAGCGAAAGGCCAGCUCCGCAGCUAAAGCUCCUAAGGCAAAACAGCAGAAAGGACCUCCUGUGAAGGAGGAGGAGAAGAAGAAGAAGAAGCCGGAGUCUGGAGGUUGGCUGCAGAACCUGGUGAUGCAGAAGAGGACGAAGCAAAAGGAAAUGGAGUUCAACCAAAAACGACUUCGUUUCAUACGUGACGCCAAGAUAAAACGGGGCUCAGCGGGUGUUGUGUACUGGAUGUUGAGGGACCAGAGAGUCCAAGAUAACUGGGCCCUGAUCUUCGCACAGAAGUUGGCAGCAAGAAAAAACCUCCCUCUGCACAUCUGUUUCUGCCUGAUGGUCCCCAAAUCAACGCUGUCUACUUUGAGACACUACAGCUUCAUGCUCAAAGGUCUGAAAGAAGUGGCAAAGGAAUGUAAAGCCUUAAAUGUUCAGUUUCACCUCCUCCACGGCUCGGCAGCUGAAGUUCUUCCCGGUUUUGUGUCCAGCCACAGUCUGGGAGCGGUGGUGACUGACUUCUCUCCGCUCAGAGAACCACUGCAGUGGUUGGAGGAUGUGGAGAAGAGACUGCCAACGGACAUCCCCAUCAUACAGGUUGAUGCCCAUAAUAUUGUCCCCUGCUGGGUGGCUUCACCUAAACUUGAAUAUGCCGCCAGGACGAUCAGAGGGAAAAUCACGAAGCAUUUAACUGAGUUCCUGACAGGAUUCCCUUUGGUGGAGAGACAUCCCUUCACGGCAAGAGAAAAAGCUAAAAAAAUAGACUGGGACCAGACUCUGUCCUCACUGAAGGUGGACAGAACUGUGAAGGAGACGAACUGGGCUCAGCCGGGGACCUGUGGGGGGAUGGCCAUGCUGGAGUCCUUCAUCGACUUUCGUCUCAAGCUCUUUGGUAACCAACGCAACGACCCCAACAUCAACGCCCUCAGUCAGCUCUCACCCUGGAUCCACUUCGGCCACCUGUCGGCUCAGCGCGUGGCUCUGCAGGUUCAGAAAAACGGCAAAAGUGCCGCCGAGUCUGUGACGUCCUUCAUCGAGGAGCUGGUGGUGCGUCGGGAACUGGCGGACAAUUUCUGCUUUUACAACAAGAAAUACGACAGAGUGGAGGGGGCGCACGAAUGGGCUCAGAAGACCUUGAGAGACCACGCCAAAGAUGAACGGCCGUAUCUGUACACGCUGCAGGAGCUAGAGAAGGCCAAGACGCACGAUAACUUGUGGAAUGCAGCACAGUACCAGAUGGUGAGGGAAGGAAAGAUGCACGGCUUUUUAAGAAUGUAUUGGGCUAAGAAGAUCCUGGAAUGGACGUCCUCACCAGAGGAGGCGCUGUCCAUUGCACUGUACCUCAACGACCGCUAUGAACUCGACGGUCAGGACCCCAAUGGUGUUGUUGGCUGCAUGUGGGCCAUCUGUGGGGUCCAUGACCAGGGCUGGGCAGAAAGGCCAGUUUUUGGAAAAAUCCGCUACAUGAACUACAAGGGCUGCACCAGGAAGUUUAACGUGGCCCAGUUUGAGCAAAAAUACUGUCCCCAAAAAUGUCAGAAACUGAGGAGAUUUUGAAGGUUGGUAAAGGGAGAUUCUGUACAUUAAAUGUUACAGUGUGUAGUUCUCACACUUUACUGCCUUUUUUUUAGCCCAAUAUUCAGUUUAUUAUUUUAGUAGUACGUAAACCUGCAUCUGUAUUGUUACUGAACUUGAUGGAGGGUUCGGCGCCUCCCAUCAAAUUAUCCAAAAAACGCAACUCAGAAGAGUUGUCGCUCUGUUUUUGUCGUGUUAUAUUUUAGUGUUUAAAUACAGAUUUGUUUGACUCUAGCUUUUCUUUAUUUCAUUCAAAUAAUGCUUAAUUUUGGAUGUCUCUUUUAUUUUUACAACGUCGAACAAAGUGAAAAGCAAGUGUUUUUGUUUUUGUUUUUGUUUUUCUCAUUUAUCUCAGAGAAAUAAACCUUUACUUUGUUGACUCAAACA